AUGGUUUUGGAUGCAGAAGCACUGAAGAUGCUAUCUGAACUCAAACGUAAGCGGGGUGUUGUGAAGGCCGCACUCACGCGAACGCUAAAAUUUAUCGGAAAUUUUGAUGCAAGGGUUGAGGCGCUAUCCCUACUAGAGUUUAGGCAAGAAGAGUUGCCCCAAAUUAAUAGAAAAUUUGAUGUCGUGCAAGUUGAGAUAGAGUUGCUCAACACUGAUGAGGCUUUGGAAGAAGAAAGAGAAAGAGAAGAAUUCGAAAGCAAUUAUUUCGCCGCGCGUUCACAAAUUCAAGAAAUUAUAAAUAAGAACAAACGCCGCAAUGCUUCGGGUGACGAGGCUUCUCUUGAUUCAUCAGCGACGUACCCACGAGCACGUCUGGCUCCGAUCGAGUUACCGAAGUUCAACGGAAAUAUACAGGAAUGGGAAGCUUUCUUCGACAGCUUCAAGGUGAUGGUGCACGACCAAGACUAUCCGCCAGCUCAUAAAUUUCACUACCUUCGUUCAACAUUAAGUGGACAAGCACUGGACUUGGUAAAGCCUCUACCAAUGACGGACGCGAAUUAUGGAUUAGCAAUACAAAAACUUCAGCAGCGGUACGAUAACAAAGGUUUAGUAAUUCAAACACAUAUUCGGGCGAUUAUGAACAGUCCUCGAAUACAGUCUGCCUCAGCUCAAGAAUUAUCAAAGCUACAAUCACAUAUCACUGCACACUUGGCGGCUCUAGACUCUAGAGGCAUUGAGAAUGCCUAUUGA